AUGGGCAGGAUGGACCAGGGGGCUGGGGGUCCCGAGGACAAGCCUGUUGUCCACCCUGCUCACCCCCCGUCUGUGAGUGAGACCCAGCGAGAGGAGGGCCUGGUGCAGCUUGUGGCCUCAGCUCCCCCAUCUUGGGAGGAGAGGGGCAGGGGAGAAGCGGGCAGAGCAGUCAGAGGCAGACACGAGAAUGAGGGUAGACCUGGGUUCUGGGGAAGAAGGAAUGAAAGAGGGCAAAAGGGGACCGAGCCCCAGAAAGACCUCGGCAAUCUGGGCUCCACAGGCAACCAGGCCCCUGCCCGUCAGACUGUCCCCUCUGCCCGGGGAAGGCAGGGCAUGACUGGGGAGGGAAGGCAGCGGACGGCGGGGGCUGGCCGCGUCCCCUGGGCGCACAGGCGGGGCGUCCUCUGGGCCGGUGGCUGCCCAGUCCCCGUCUGGGGCUCGCCUGGCUCUCGGACGCUCUGGGCCUUCCUUGGGGGCUGCGCUGUAGGGGCCUGUCGGGGGGCAGCUGAGCAGCGGCAGACAUGUGGGGAGCUCUCUGCACCCCAUCCCAACGGCCUGGAGCAGAACGCGGACACCCUUGUGACGGCGCCCCAGAUCGAGUGCUGCAGUGCUGGGGGGCCCAGCGGCCCCGAGAGGGGCCACACGGACGUUCAGCCCUCCUCUGCCCUUCACUCCCCACGCGUUUGCCUUCCCGGGAUCGCCAGGUGCCUCCAAAAGCUCCAGGUCUCCCCCUCUGCAGUGCUGCUUCUCCGCAAUGUGCUGUUCCCCGCGGAGCCGCUGGGGGCGCCCGAGUGCAGCCGCGCUCCCGUCACUCACAACCCCGCGCUCCCGAGUGUGUGCGUGAGGCACCUGCUAAGAGCCUGUUUGUUUUCUCGGGUUGACCUGCCUUCUGUCAAUCGAGCCUGUAAGACCUUGGCCGAGAAUCUAGGAGGGCUGGAGACAACAUACUUUCUCCUCCCCUAUGAGGGCUUGCAGGCUGACUUGACCUGCAGGAUAGACUCAGAUACCUGUGACUUCCGUGACGGCCCCAGCCUCCUGGAGCUGCUCUGUCAGCACGUGGGCUCUGCUGACCCCCGGUCAGCGCUGGGGGAGGCGUUUUUCCGUCCCCUUCCUCCAGCAUCCCUCUACAAGCAGGAGGCUGACAUCGCCGUGUAUUCUCAAAUAGCAUCGAGCAUAUUAUCCCUGGAAUGCGUAGCACUGUCCAUCGCCCAUAGCCGUUUUCACUCCUUAGUGCCCCGUUGCCGAGCUGAGGACGCUGAGGCCCAGAGGGAUCUCCAGUGGUUUAGCUUGGACACCAUGGGCGGGCAGUGUCUGACGUUAGACGACAAGAGGACGGUGCCUGGAUGUUCCAGGGAACCCUUUGGGAAGCUUUCUGACGAGUGGGGCCACGUGUCUGACGUGACCCGGGCACGUUGCCCCUGGGAGUGCAUGUGUAAGGACAUUGCUGGUGGCGGGGUUGUCUGGGGCAGCGGGCAGCCGCUGCCUGUGCUGCUCUGGCCCCUGCUCCUGGUCCACGGCUGCAGAGUCCGUAUCUGGCCAGGACCCCGCCGUCCUGAACUUGGGCACGUGUGGGUGAGUCAUGUUAUCCCAGACAUGGUCCUGCAGCUUACCACACUGGCCCGGCUGCGGGGAGCCUGA